GACGAACGAUCCAUUCGCUGUCGUGGGCCCUGAGGAGGUGCGAGCGGGAUCCGCGUGUGCCACGGCGUCGUAUCGACCACGGGGCAGAGAGUAUAUUAGACGCCCGCUGAAAGCUCUACAGGACGCGCGGCGGGCCGCCUGAAAUCGUCUAGCUUCCCUUUGAAUGUCUCUGCCACUACCUAGAUAUACCUACCUACGUUAAGCACUGCACACGUACCCCGUCCGCUUUGCAUCAGCGCGAUAUCCAACGCUCCCCGAUCCUUCCUGUCUCUGCGCCCAUCUGCGCGUGAUCAUACUAUCAGCUUUCCGAAAAUGGCGGACGACGGGUGCUCUUUCGACGUCGUCAUCGUCGGCGCUGGAAUCUCCGGCAUCAACUGCGCGUACCGCCUACAGACGCAGCACCCGCAGCUUCGGUACGUGAUUCUCGAGGGGCGCGACGCCAUCGGCGGGACGUGGGAUCUGUUCAAGUUCCCCGGCAUCCGCUCCGACUCGGACCUACACAACUACGGCUUCGCGUGGAACAAGUGGCCGUUUGCGCACCCCAUCGCUGAGGGCGCCCUGAUAACGUCGUACCUCAAGGACAGCGUGUCGAGGUUCGCCAUCGAGGAGCACAUCCGGCUGCGGCACCGCGUCGAGGCGGCGGACUGGUCGUCGGCGGCCCGGCGGUGGAGCUUCGCCGUCAACUGUGAUGGCCGGCCCGCGCGCUACGAGGGCCGCUGGUUCGUCAUGGCGACGGGGUACUUCGACUACGAGCGGCCGCGCGAGGCGGCCAUUCCGGGCCUGGCCAGCUUCCGCGGCGACGUGAUCCACCCGCAGUUCUGGCCACCCGGCUACGACUACGCGGGCAAGAAGAUCGCCAUCAUCGGCAGCGGGUCGACCGCCGUCACCCUGCUGCCUAGCCUGGCCCGCGAGGCUGCCGAGGUCACCAUGGUGCAGCGCAGCCCGACGUACAUCCUCCCCCUCGACAACAGCAGCCGCGCGCCGUCGCGGCUGCGCCCGUACCUCCCCAGCGCCGCUUUCCAGGCCUACGAGAGGCUCUGGUUCCUCAUCGUGCCGUACCUGUUCACCCUGCUCUAUAAAGCGUGGCCGGGGCGCGCGCGCGCGAUGCUGCGUGCGCAGGCGCGGGCGCGGCUGCCGCCCGACGUCGACGCCGACGUGCAUUUCCGGCCGCGGUACGCGCCGUUCGCGCAGCGGAUGUGCAUAGCGCCAGAAGGUGACUUCUACGCAGCGCUGCACGGGCGGGGGCGGGUGGCGAGCGGGAGCAUCGCGGCGGUGGAGGCGCACGGGAUCCGGCUGGCGGACGGGCGCGCUGUCGACGCGGACGUGAUCGUGACGGCGACGGGGCUGCGGCUGCGGUUCGGCGGCGCGAUCGCGGCGCGCGUCGACGGCGCGCCCGUCGCCUGGCCCGGCCGCCUCAUGUGGAACCGCGCGAUGCUCGACGGCGUGCCCAACCUCGUCUUUAUGUUCGGGUACUCGACGUCGCCCUGGACAAUCGGCGCCGACAACACCGCCUUCUACCUGUGCCGCCUGCUGGCCAAGAUGCGGCGGCGCGGCGCCCGCGUCGCCGUGCCGCAGGCCCCCCCCGCCGCCGCUGCCAAGAUGGUGCUCUCCGGCUUGUUCAAUCUCUCCUCCACCUACGUCCUCGAGGGCAAUAAGGACAUGCCCGUCUACGGCGACGCGGGCCCCUGGCGCCCGCGCAUCCACCCGCCCAUCGACUGGAUCGCGUCGCGCUGGGGCGACUUCACCACUGACUUACGCUUCUCGUGAGGCUUGCCGAGGGCGGGCGUAGAUGAUCGUAGGUAUUGCUGCGUCACGGCUACGCUACUAUACGCCUGGCUGGGCUGGCAUAAGGCAUGGAGUGCAUAAGACGGGCCCGUAGAGGCUCGUAGACCUGGGGCAGGAUUCUUCUCCUAUGUACCUACUUGGUCUUACUCUCUCUCGCCGGAUGGCACACUCGGAC